CGACUGCGUCUUCGCUCGACCUUCACUACACCAUGCCUGCCUGGGCCCGCGCGGUCGUAUUGGGCGUGCUCGCUUUCGCGGGCCACGUUCAUGCGAUUGGCCAAGACACCUGCGUCGCAUACAAGUCCUCGAGCGCGAGCUUCCCCAUCGUCAGCAACCACAAGGCGACCCCGAUCCUGCUCUCUGUGGACGAGUGGCCGGGCGUGCAGCGCACCGCGUUUGACUUCGCCUCUGACAUCCAGCAAGUCACUGGCGUCAAGCCGACGCUGAAGAAUACUACUUCUACUCAGUCUUCGUACUCUUCUCUCGGAUCUACCGUCGUCAUCGUGGGGACGCUGGGGAAGUCCUCCUUGAUCGACGAGGUCGUCAACCGCACCAAGCUGGACGUGUCGUCCAUCGAGGGCAAGUGGGAGGCAUUCCUGGCGAAGGAAGUCGCGAACCCUCUUCCUGGGAUCGACAGCGCGUAUGUCAUCAUCGGUGCAGACAAGCGCGGCACGAUAUUCGCCCUGUAUGACCACUCCGAGCAGUUUGGUGUCUCGCCAUGGUACUGGUGGGCGGACGUGCCUACUACCAAGCAUUCGGAACUCUUCGUCACGUCAUCCGGGUGCUCGCACGGCUCCCCGACGGUGAAGUACCGCGCGAUCUUCCUCAACGACGAACAGCCCUCCCUCCAAAACUGGGCAAUGGACAAGUUCACAAAUGGUACCGGCGCUGCGCUGACCGGCUCCCCUUUCAACCACUUCUUCUACGCGAAAGUGUUCGAGCUCAUCCUCCGACUCAAGGGGAACCAUCUCUGGCCAGCAAUUUGGACCAGUGCGUUCGGCAUCGACGACCACCAGAACCAGGCCCUAGCAGAUUGGUUCGGCAUUGUGAUGGGGACGAGCCACGAGGAGCCCAUGAUGCGCUCGACGCCCGUCGAGUGGGACCUGUUUGGCUCGGGGAUCUGGGACUACGAAUCGAACGCGGAGAACAUAUACGCCUAUUGGGUGAACGGCACGGAGCGGUCGAAGACGUACGAGAACGUGUUCACCGUGGGAAUGCGUGGUGCUGGUGAUCUGCCGCUUUCCGAAGAUCAAAACAUCGUGCUUCUGGAGAAGGUCGUAGCCGACCAACGCACGCUCCUCGCAGAUGUCUUCAACACGACAGACGUCACGACCAUCCCUCAAGUUUGGACCCUUUACAAAGAAGUUCAAGGAUACUACCAAGAUGGCAUGCGGGUGCCAGACGACGUUGUAUUGAUGUGGUCAGACGACAACUGGGGCAAUGUACGGCGGUAUCCCACGUCGAGCGAACGUAAUAGAACCGGAGGUGCCGGUGUCUACUAUCACGUGGACUAUGUCGGAGACCCCAGGGAUUACAAGUGGAUCACCAGCAGCCAGAUCGAAAAGACCUUCGACCAGCUAUCAACGGCGGUUGCUCGCGAAGCGACGAAAAUCUGGGUUCUAAACGUCGGUGACCUGAAGCCUUAUGAGAUGCACACCGAAUUCUUCCUGAGCUACGGAUGGAAUGCGACCCGCUGGACACCCUCGAACGUUGGCAGCUUCGUUAGUAGCUGGGCACAGCGCGAGUUCGAUCUGUCCGCUUCCGACGCAACCGUGGUGGCAGGGAUCGUUCACAACGUCACACGCCAUAAUGCCAGACGCAAGCCCGAGAUGUGGAACGCGACAACAUACAGUCUGACCAACUAUCGCGAAGCGGAGAAUGUGCUGGCUGCCUUGCAGGACGCCGCCGCGGCGUCCACACGCCUGUACCAUUCGCUUCCUGCCCAGACGAGGCCCGCGUUCUUCCAGCUCGUACAUCACCUCGUCCAGGCAUCGUUGACGCUCGCGAACAUGUGGAUCGCGGCGGGAACCAACAACCUCCGCGCAUCGCAAGCGCGGAUCAGCGCUAACGAUCUCAAGGCACAGGUCGAGACGCUGUUCGAGGCGGACUAUGCCCUGGAGGUCGACUAUCACAGUCUCCUGGACGGCAAAUGGGACCACAUGAUGGACCAAACCCAUGUUAUGUACUCCUAUUGGCAACAGCCGAUGGCGAACACAAUGCCCUUCGUAACGCAGGUGCAGGCCAAGAAACAGGCCCUAGCGGGUGCAAUGCGCAUCAUUCCCGAGGGGAGCGCCGGCGCAUGGCCCGGGGACAACGUGAACAACUGCGCGCUGGGGUACGGCUGCCCAGACCCCGCGCUGUCGCUCGACCCGUUCGUGCCCGCAGGGAACCGCUUUAUCGACGUCGCCGCGGGCGGGCCCACCCCGUUCACGUUCGCGGUGACAAGCAAUGUGUCGUGGCUGCACGUCUCGCCUGCGAAGGGCUCGGUAUCGCCGACCGCGCCGGAGCAGCGCGUUUACUUCAGCGUUAACUGGGACGCGGUGACAGGGGCUGAGGUUGCGCAGAUCACGUUUAAUGCGGUAGUGAAGGGCCAGCCGACGGUGUCUGUGAACGCGACGUUCACGGCGAACCACACGGUAGUCCCGGCGGGCUUCACAGGAUUUAUUGAGGGAGAUGGUGCGGUGUCUAUCGAAGCGGCGCACGCAUCACGGAACACGAGCGUCGAAGGGCUCACCUGGACUGAGAUCCCCGGUUUGGGGCGGACGCUCUCUGGCGUGACGCCGUGGCCGCGGGGCGGCAAUGAGCUGAAUUUCACCGCGGGCAGCGGACCCAGCAUCGAGUAUGAUUUCUACCUGUUCGACACGUACAAGCAGGGCGGGAACGUGACCAUCACGACGCUGGUGUCGCCUUCGCUGAACGGCCUUGGCGAUGACCGCCCGCUCGGGUUAGCGCUUCAAGUCGACGAUGGAACGCCGCAGACGAAUUAUUUCGUGCCCGCGGCGACGCCGGGUAGUCUUCCUAGCGCUUGGGGUGGACAGGACGGGUGGGUGGCGAAGAGCAUAAUUGAGGUCCCGAUGGUGUUCUCCGUGCAGCCCGGCGCGCACACUCUGAAGCUAUGGAUGAUCGAGCCGACGGUCGUUGUGCAGAAGAUCAUUAUUGACACGGGCGGUGUGAAGCCGAGCUACCUGGGGCCCCCAGAAAGCGUGCGGGUGUAGCUAUAGGGUCUCACGGGCUUCAUGUACGGGCGUUGGGAGAACUGCCCCGGAUUCCACGUUUCGCUGUGAAAUGUAGAGAUUCUUCCGAAUUGCGGACGCUAUUUGUGUACGGUAGUCGGCUUGAAGAUGAGAACGCGCUGCGGCG